AUGUGUUUCCAGCCAGAAGGCGGUUACCAGUUAAAAUGUUCUAAUAUUCUCGAAAUUACUUGGAUCUUGGAGAACAACUGGUCACACAUCGCCUCAUUUCAUCACCGCAUGAAAUUCGACUUGGAUUACAUAAAUGAAUCGUAUAUAAAGACAGUAGCUCAAGCACACAAACAACUGUCCAAUCCAAAGCUUGACAUGGAUGAGAGGACGUUAUUGUUGGCUAAAAUCAUCAGCACAUGCUUAGAAGCCCAAGGGCUGAAACACAGUGUACAAGAAAGCACAGAAUCCGAGUCGGAGACAGUAAGAAUAGAGAAAAGACGCAAGAGCUUAGACAAAGAACCGGAAAUGCCGGUACCAAAGAAAAAGAAAGAGGAUUCUGAAGUGAUGGCACCACCAAAAGCACUCCCCAAGAAGCCUAAAGGCAAAGAAAAUGUAGCGGAAAAUCACAAAACCAGCAAAACAGGGAAAAGAGUGAACCAUGAAAUUGGUGAUAAUAUUGAAGGAAAGAAAGCAAAGAAUAAUAUCCCUGAGAAAGUAUUAGAACCUAAGAAUAUAGUUAGUCACAAGAGAACUGCAAAUGAAACAGAAAAUACAAAGGUCAAUAAUGAUAUUAAAGAAAUGGAGCUUAAAAACAAAAAGUCUAAUAAUUUAACUAAAGACAGAGAGUUAAAAGAAACUGGUAACGAAAAUGUCAAAAAUCCUAAUAAAAUGGAGAGGGAAAAUAAUAAUAUCGCUAAACGUAGUCAGAAAGAAAUAGAAUCAAAAAGACCUGCUAACACUCAAAAUCAAAAUAAGGAAAAAGAGGGCAAACCUAAGAACUUUAACGAAGGAAAUAAAAAACCGGAAAAGGGUAAGAAAUUAAUUUCUGUUGAAUGUAUUAUUCCUAAUAAAGACGAUACUAACAGAGAAAAAUCUGGCAACACCGUGAAAUCAACAAAAUUAGCAGAUAAGUUAAAUAUGAAAACCGUCAAAGAAAAUGUACAUACAAGUCCAAAGAUGUUUAAUAAAACGAAAUCCUUAAAAGAAACCGUUGUGGAGAAACCUAAGAACAUUGAAAACCAACCAAUCAAUGGUGGCAAGGAAGCUACCACAAAACAUCAUACAUUGUCUGGCAACACAGUAAAUGCAAAAGGUUUAAAAACCCAUCAAAAUAAACCAAAAGCUUCUAUUACAAAAUCAAUGAAUAGCAGGUUCAUCAAAGCUCCCAAAUUUGAUAAACGUAAUCCUAAUUUGCAGACGUCGUCGAAAAUACCGCAAACCACCAAGAAGUCGUCGAGCGCCGAGAAUAUACUGAAGAAGAAUCCUUUGAGGAUCAGUCCCAGGAAUAACCUAACAAAAUUCAACACAAUGUCAUCUCUAAACAGCAGCAUCUGGAGCAGUCGGAGCAGUACAAGAAUAGUUAACACGAAUAUACCAAGAUUAGUGAAGAAGCCCAUAUCGAAGACAAAGUCAUAA